AUGAUAGGAACUCUCCUGCCACUCUCCGCCUGGCUGGUCGUUGUCCUGGCUGGCGAACAAGCUCCCACCCACAGCCACUACCAUCACGUCAGAACGGACAUCUUCAGCAAGGAGGAAUCUGAACCGUACCCGGUAGAAGUCAUCAAGCAUGUGCCCUAUCCUGUUAAAGUACCUGUAGAUCGUCCGGUGCCUUAUCAUGUCGACAAACCGUACCCAGUCAAAGUGGAGAAGGAAGUCCAUGUACCCGUUCACGUUCAAGUACCUCAGCCAUACCCAGUGUACAAAGAAGUCAAGGUCCCUGUCGAAGUUAAGGAGGACCGACCAGUACCAUACCACGUACCCAAACCGUACCCAGUGACUGUGGAGAAGAAAGUCCCAUAUCCAGUCGAAAAGGAGAUCCCAGUACCAGUAAAGGAGUACGUCGAAGUACCUAAGCCGUAUCACGUACCAGUUGUAGUUGAGAAGAAAGUUCCUUAUUACGUAGAAAAGAAAGUACCAGUUCAAGUCCAAGUACCAGUAGAGAAACCGUAUCCAGUGGAAGUACCCAAACCGUAUCCAGUGACAGUAGAGAAGAAGGUGCCAUAUAUAGUUGAAAAGAAAGUACCGUACCCUGUCAAAGUACCAGAAUACGUCAAUGUACCUGUACCUGUCCAUACGGCAGGUAAAGUCUUUGAGGAGACGCGAGUAGCGCUGCCGGGUAAUGGAUGUCAUAAAGAUAAGGACAAGGCUCUGGAAAAGAUACUUGAAGAGUGGAUCAAGAGAGGUGGGACAGUCACCGGGGAGUCUGGGAAGAUACACAGUGGAAGGAAGGACACUGGAGUAGGUCAGAGCUAG